AUGGCUUCAGCAGUAGAUCCGUUCACGUUCAUCGAGCGCUCCGUGGAGGCCGCCGACGAUGAUGGGCAGCAGCCGCGCCUCUUUGACGAGUUCAGCGCCCUGACCUCAGCCAAGAUCGCGGGCCCCUUCAUGCAGCUUCUCGUCAAGCUCCGGUCCGAGUUCCCGGAGUACGUCGUCACUUACACGAACCCGGCCAACCUCAACCUCAUGGCCUUUGCGGCCGUGGGCAACGCGACCGCCACCAUCAACACGGACACCGACUCGGUGUUCCGCAUGCGGUACUGGCUGCAGCCGGCCCAGCGCGGCAGCAUCGGGCACCUCGGCGACGCGCUGACCUUCGCCAAGUACCGCUACAGCUGGGGCCGCGAGGCGUUCAUCAUAGCGCGCCGCCGACGAGGGCCAGCUCUCGCACUCGGCGCCACGGACGCGCUCCUCGCCGAGGUCGGCAAGUGGCAGUACCAGGAGCGCAAGGGCAUCUACGUCUACGACCGCUACUGGUACCUGGACCGCGCGCUGUACGACCAGGUGCAGAAGGCGUCGUGGUACCGCGUGAUCCUCGACCCGGACAUGAAGAGGGAGCUCAGGCGCGUCAGAGGCCGCUUCUUCGACAGCAGGGACGUCUACGAGGACCUGGGCGUCCCGUGGAAGCGCGGCAUCAUCUUCUACGGGCCCGUGGGCAACGGCAAGACCGUCAGCAUCAAGGCCCUCAUGCACACGCUGGGGCGGCGCGACCCGCCGGUGCCGACGCUGUACGUCAAGGCGGCGCCGGCGACGGGCCAUAUUCGGGCUGUGUUCGCCAUGGCGCGGCAGAUGAGCCCCUGCUUGCUCGUGCUCGAGGACAUCGAUACCAUUGUCACAAAGGCGACGCGCAGCUACUUCUUCAACGAGGUCGACGGGCUGGAGAACAACGACGGCAUCUUCAUGGUGGCCAGCACGAAUCACAUCGACCAGCUCGAUCCGGGGCUGUCGAAGCGGCCUAGUCGCUUUGAUCGCAAGUACCUUUUCCCCGAGCCCAGCAAGGACGAACGCGUGCAAUAUGUGCACUACUGGCGGCAGAAGCUGAUCGCGAAGGGGGACAUGGAGUUCCCAGAGGAGCUCGUUGUGCCCAUUGCGGAUAUUACUCACGGCUUCAGUUUUGCCUACAUCCAGGAGGCGUUCGUGACUACGCUGCUGGAGAUGGCUCAUCGUCGGGACGGCGGCGACGAUGAAGACGAAGAUAGUGCCGCUCACUCGACCAGCGGAAGCCUGGACGACGAUGACGACCUCGAUAAGUACGAGCUGUGGAGAGUUAUGAAGCAGACGGUCAAGACCUUGCGCGAUGAGAUGGAAUCGAAGCUGCAAGAGCCGAUGACUGGGUCGGCCCUGAAUGGCGCGGAGGUAAUCUUGAGUGAUCUCGUGCAGAACGCCAAAGUGACGGAAAUGGAUGCGGGCUUGUCGGCAGACUCGAUGCACUUGCCUCUCCACCUACCUCAUCACAUGCCGAACCCGAUCCCUGGGGCUGUGGACUCCAGGGCGCCUUCGAUGCCAGUGCGUGGCCAAGGAGCCGUGGGUUGGGGCCUGCAGCAGCCAUUUCUCAAUUUGGGGCCAAACAAUCUGGCCUACGGACUCUAG